GGUGACACGUGUGACUCACUCAGCGCCCUUUUCUCCACUCAGAUACAGUCACUCAACCCUGGCCUUAGCUGCUCUGACGGGCCCAGGCCAGGUCAGCUCCUAUGUGUCGACUUCAACCACACGUGGCUAGAGUUGGGAAAAACCCACCUAGAAUGUGACCAUUACGUGCAAAUCACCCCAGCUGCUACCGCAACCACAUCCACAACCACACCCGGGCUUCGACCACCCAAGUCCAAGAGUCAAGGGGGCAAGGGGAGUCAAGGGGCGCCCAUGACUGAGCCAAUCCCUCAACCACCCCCUCCUCCUCUGCCUCUAGCCAACUACUCAAGCCAAGGCGCGCUCGUGACAGUCCUGCGGGGCCCCCAGAGCUGCCAGCAGCUGUGGCGGGCGUUUGGCAUCGCCUCCCCCACGCGCUUCUUCCAGAUGAAUCCCGGCCUUUCAUGCGAUGCACUGCUGCCGUACAACCCCUGCAGGGCGACAUGA